UCUAGUUUAGACAGUAGGAGCUGAGACGAACAAAGAAGGCCCGAUUAAAAAUCGUCAUCUGUCGCAAUGUAGACAAUGUCUGGAUUAAAACGAACUCAUUUCUAACAAGGGACAUCUUUAUUCUCUCCAUCAACAAUUUGAUUUGUGCUGUGGAAAUUGAAAGCAGAUCUUAGAUGGAUGAAGGACACACCCGGGGAAAGAUUUCCACCCAGUUCUCCCUGGGACUGUAACUUCCCUCGAGAACGAUGAGUGCUGAGCACCAAGCCACCGUUGAUAAAGGCUUGAGAAUGAAAAUAACCAAACGCACAAAUAAAAACUCAGCAGCCAUGAAAAACGAAGGAAAAACGGAAUCUCAGAAAGGGGGGGAUCAGAAGAACUCUCAGGGUGAUAGAGGAGAAGGGGGAGCAAGUGGUGGCACGGCCAACGGGGGGACAGGUAAAGCUAACCCAACCGGGGAGAAAUCCCCCAAAGUGAAGGGUGUUCACAAAAAGGACAGGGGGAAGGAAUCCAAGGGAGGCAAAUCCAGUGAAGGGGGGACAACUGGGUUAGCCUCAGUGAGUGCAUCACUAGAUAAUGCUUUUUCUCAAGUUUCACUGGAACCAAAACUAGGGGAAACCGCUGAUCCAUAUGAGUUCAAUGCCAAAGUUGAGGAUGGCAUCAGUAUUCCUGUAAAAAGCAAAGGAAAGGGAGACAAAGAGAAGGGUGAGGGUAGCAGCGAUGGGGUGUCUGACCAGUGUGUUGGUACGGAUACUUGCUCUGUUGCCACGGAAACAGAACCAGACUGUUUGGGUCCCUGUGAACCAGGUACACAUGUCAACCUGGACGGCAUUGUGUGGCAGGAGACAGAGAAUGGUGUCUUGGUUGUAAAUGUCACAUGGAGAGGCAAAACCUAUGUGGGAACACUGUUGGAUGCCACGAAGCAUGACUGGGCGCCUCCAAGACCAAACUGUGAAUCGCCAGUGAGUGACUUUGAGACAAGGACCCCGAAAGGCAGAGGGGCCAAGAGGGGUCGUGGUAAUUCUACAGGGACCCCAGUUAAUGAAAAACUUAUGGAAGGGAGGAAACUGCGUAAAGGCAGACGGGGGAGCGCAUUCACAGCCCCACCCAGCCCUGCCAAAUCGGACAUCUCAACUCCAAGUUCUGGCGUGAAACGUAAGGGACGCCCAACAGACAUAGAUUUAUCUGGGGAAAAGUCCAACAAGAGGAGUAGGUCUUGUUCCCGUGGAAAUUCAGGCGAGGCCGAGAGUCCGUUGUCUGGACUACUGGAAUGUCCUGAACCCUCAUGUAAUAAAAAGUAUCGAAAUCCAAACGGUCUCCGAUACCAUCAGUCUCACGCUCAUUCCUCUGUGGGAAGUGGGGCGGACCUUGACGAUGAAUCGCGAGACAUGAUGGAUAACGAGGAUUCCAAUCUGGAUGAUCUGGAUAGUAACCUUGGUGAUAACAACUGUGAUGUAAAUUCUAGUGCUAUAAAUAAUGACCUCAAUCCACUGGAAAUGGAGGAGGAAAGUAACUGUAGUAUCAAAAGAGUAGAAGAUGAACUGUCUCGUGAUGGUAGUGCAAAUAAGACCGAAACAGAAGAGACCGAUAGUGCUACUGUGACUCAAGUUCCUGUUAAACCAAUCAAAAAGGACAUCAUAAGCGUGGCUCCACACAUACAACCCACACCUACAGUGGCUGUGGCAACAGCCACUCCUUUCCAUGUCGCAUCUACACAACAGGUUUCACCGAGUUUUGGGAACACACUUUCACAAUCAAAAUCUGUGUCAACUGGCUUAGUAACCCCAAUCUCUGCUACCAUAGUAACAGGCACUCCUAUACAGGCCUCCUUGCCAAUGAACGAUCAAAUGGCAAAGCCGCUCAUCAGACCAAAGACUGGAACUGGUCAUCCCCGUCCUAUCAUGCCUUCAAAUUUCAUUGCCUUGACAACUAACACGGCUCACAGUAGUUUGUCGCCAGUGACAACACAUGUUCCAAGCACAACACAACUGAAGCCAAUUCAACCAAAGCCAACUGUAAUGGGAGAAACGCCACCUGCUAGCACUGUUCUCCUUGGCCUCAACAAAGAAAGGAAACAGAAACCAAAGAAGAAAGCCAAGGAUUCCGUGUCAUCACCAAUAUCCUCUACAUCAGCAAUAUCAUCUACAACUACACCUACCUCAUCCUCACCUUUUGGGCCAAGUCACAAAAAGUCUCUAGGGAAGUUAGAUGGUGGCAAGCAUGAACCUCAAGGUGUAAUAAAAGUAGCCCCUAUCAUAGCUAAGCCACUCGAGAUAAAGACAGAGAAAAGUGACCCUGAGCCUAUUCGACCUCUUGGUGCUAAUGUGGGAGUGAUUCAAGCUCAGGUUCAUCCAAUGAAAGGAAUCGACCUGUCAUCCAGGAAUUCUGAAUCAUCCCCAAGUGUUUUAAAAGUGACACCCUCUCUUCAUGUUUCUGAAAGCAAUAAGAGUAUGUCAGAAAAUGUGCAAAGUCCGGCAUACUCAGACAUCUCUGAUGCAAAUGACGGGGGAUCACCAGGUCCCCCGCCCACUAGUGAUAGCCCACAAAUCAGAAUCGAGGAUCAAGUGCCAAUCAACAAGUCGAAAGACUUGCCUGCUGAUGGAAAUUCUGCGUACAGCAUGUAUGGACAGUACUACUCCCAACCGAAUUACAUGUUACAAAAUCUCUCUCCUUCAGCCCACAGUCCAUCAGGCUCACAAAAACCUCCUAGUUCUGGAUUAAACAAAGACCAUACAGGAGAUUCUAUGCAAUCCUCGAGUACGGAUGCACCCCGAAAAAUAAAGGAGGAGGUGAAAGACGACAAGAGAGAUGGCGGUGAGGCAGGAAAGAUGGAGCCUGUGCGUCCGUACUCUCAGUCCGAUUACCAUCAGCUUCAGCAACAAAAAUGGAUGCAUAUGUAUUACAUGCAAGGUAUGCCCCAACAGUAUCCUUACAUGCCUAACUAUGGACCAAUGAUGGAUCCAGCUUACCACAUGCAUAUGAUGCAGACAGACCAAAUGUAUAGGCAGAAUUUUGAGAAGAUGAUGGAUGACCCACGCAGGAUGGCAGAGUACAUGAAUGGUAGAGACUACAAACCAAAGUCAGAUGAUGGAGGCCCAAGGUCAUCGUCCGCAGGGCCAUCUAGCUCUGAAGGUCACAAGAAUAAUUUGGACAACAGAGAAGAAACUUCUGAUGAGAGAGCACGAGACAAACAGAACGAGAAUCACCAGAUAAUGAGAGAGAACCAUGAUCUCAAGACACAAAUGGAUAGAAAUCGAGGGGAGCCUCCUUCUGGUAAUGACAGGGUUCACCCAAGACUGACCGAGGAACAACAGAGGCGACAGGCCAUGUUCCAACAACAAAAACACAUUGAACAGCAAAAGCGUGAGGAACAAAGACGAUCAGAAGUGAAGACUGAAAAAAUCAGUGACUCUAAACGAGAUGAAACCCCAAAACGGGAAAGUGAAUCAAAGACAAAACUAGAAAAUUCUCGUGGAUUUGACGAGAAAAGCAGGGGACAAUCAUCGAUGGAUAAAUCAAGAAUUACAGACACUCCAAAAUCAAAAAUAGGAAUCAUGGGUAAAGACUCCAGGCCACAUACCCCAUCAUCAACACUUCCAUCUUCAUCAUCAGGGUAUUACAAUAUGUACCAUAACCAAUUCAUGCAGUCUCCACCCUACGGGCAUGUACAGUUUGACCCCUCACAUCCCAUGUAUCAGAGAGGCAUUAACCCCAGCAUGAUGUACCCUGCGGGGGGCUACAUCCAACACCCCUCACAGCUGGGCUACAGGAUGGGUGAGGAUUCUCUGGACAAGGACCCAGCUAAACCAAAAGUGCCAUUGGAACCAGACGUCAAAGUCCCUCCAGAAACUACCCAUAAUGCUUUGUACCAUUCAGGAAGUAGUCAUAAAAUUCAUGAGCUUCAGGAAAAAGGACGUCGCAGUCCUCACCGGGCCUCUCCGGUGCUGGGAAAGUCCGACAGUACUGUCGCUGUGCCUCCCGUGUCUCUUUCAGGGUCCGUUGAUAAAGGACGGGAGUUCAGCAAGUCUCCACCCACCCAAAGGCAUGUUCACACCCACCAUCACACUCAUGUUGUAGAGGCAGCCUAUCCUAUGUAUCCAUACACAGGUAACUAAAAAAACAGGUAUUCUUCCUGGACCAGUCAGCCAGUCAUCCACACCAUCCUCCAGUUUAAGUCAUCCUUCGUAUCCACCCUCCAAGUAGUCCUCCUGUUGACCCCCUCCCCCCACAUAGUCUGUUUCAACUAGUCACCUUACAACAAGUAGUUCAGCCUAGUCAACAGUUAUCUUCCCCUGAACAUCUCACAACAGCAGCAGUUAUCUUUUCUUGAACUCGGAAUUCAAUUUUAUUUUCUGCAAUCAUUUGAAGUAUCAACGUGAACAGAUUAACAAGUGUGUUUUCACUUGUUGUCUUAUCAGUGUUAUUUGUGUUCAGUUGUAUUUUAUGUGCUAGUGUCAAAUCGAAGAAAAUAAAAUAUGUUUCAAUGGAUAUGCUAGCACUAUAUAGACACUUGUGUAGGUUUUCCAAUUUUGAAUGUAGGAUCAACAAGAAUUUUUAAAAAAAUUCUUCUAGAAAGUAUUGUAUAUUAAACUUUCAAAACACUUUAAUUAUAUAAAACAUUUGUGAAAAUUUUGCACAGAUUUUGAAUCUUUUCACCCGAGUUUAAAUCAAUUAUAGACAAGUUCCUUGAUUGCUAUACAUAUAUCUUUAUAUGAAGAUGCCUAGUAUGAUACAAUACAGAUAUUUUUCAUAACUAUGUGCUAAUAGAAGUAGCCAAUAUGACAGUAUUAUCACAUUCUGAAAUGUUGAUUACAUGUGUAUACUUGUGAAUCAAUGUGGAUAAUCGAAAGUUGGUUUUUUUUUUCCUCACCAAUCAUACACACCACAUUCUGACAAUGUAAUAGUUUUCAACAAAGUUUGUGGCUGCAAUAUACACAUCACAUUUGAAUGUGAUUUUCUUUUUUACAAUCUUAAUAUUGUAUAUUCCUGUUGACUUGGGAUCGUUAUUUGACUUUUGUCCAGUGAGGGGUGUAUUGUACGUGUACCGAGUAGUAGCAAAUUCACUGCGAGUGAGACGAGAGCAUGAAUGAAUGUGCAAGUUUGAUAAGAAUGGCUCUAAAUAUAUAUACAAAUUUUGGAAUUUUCCAAAAAUGUGUUUGUGAGAAUUUUUAUAUAUGUAAUCACUAGCUUGUACAGGAUAUGUUGAUAGAUUUUAUUACAAAGAAACUGCAGCUUGCAGUUUAGCAUCAGGGCAUCUGUGAACCCUGUUUUAUAUAUUGAAUAAAUUUUUCUGUAAAAAUA